AUGGUCAAAGACAAAGACACCGUAAUCCACGAAUUCCACGACCUAGUCAACAUGUCCCCCACCGAACUCUGGUCCUGGCUCCAAAAAGAGCAGUCCCAAUCCUCCGGCUGGCAAAGCCAAUCCGGAGAAACCAUCGGCCACGAGAGCGGCCGGCGUAUUGUCGAUAUCCUCGCGCAUAAUCCUGAUCGGGACCCAGGGGGGUACACGGAGAAUGAUAUUGGGCAUAUGAGGAAGGUGGUGGCGUAUUGUAAGAGGCAUUUGGCGCAGGAGGAGAAGGCCAAGAGUGAUACGGGGAGUAGGAGUUAUCGGUCGUUGAAGAAUUGGGGGCAUGAUGCUUUGAAGGAGUAG